AUGGGCGAACGAAGCCGCUACCAAAAGAGGGAGAUCCACCACCAUCAGAAGGCAACAAGUGUUUGUUCCGUGCUAAGCUGGGGAGAAAGCGCAUCAGUACUGUGGUUGGUUUCUUCAAAGGAAGUGAACAAGUUUCACCUGGCAUAUGUCUCGGUUCUGAGAGCGAAUAUGGAU